AUGUUCAUCAAACGUCAUUACAAUUUGUAUACGCUAAGCAGUUUAUGGCGACAUUGUUUCAUCGAUAAAAAGAAAUCGGAAGCUUUGGAAAGUUUCAUGGGUGCUCAUAUUUUGGAUGAUGCAAAACUGGUAACAAAACAAAAAAGAAAAUCACGCUUGUUACCAACUCGCAUAAGCAAGUGUAAUGAAUGUAAAGAAAAUACAUCGGGUUGUGAAUCCUGCUUAGCUAAGCGUUCUGAGGUCCUUAAUAGCAACUACGUUCGUUCGGCGCUCAAAGAAUAUGAUCUUGAUAUUGGCAACAUGCUGGACUGUGAUCAGGAACCGGGGCCCGCUGGCGGACCACUUGUUAAGACAGUAACUACUAGGAUUUCUAAGCCUGCUUCACCAAUUACCGAGGAGAAUGGAAGUGACCUAGAAUCCUGUAGCAAAAAAACAAACAAUUCUGAAAACUCGGUCUAUUCAUCAGAUGAAGUUUACGUCACACCACCACCCUACAUUGACCAUGAAUAUUCUCACUGCCAAGCCCAGCUACGCCGACCUGAAGAAAAUCAGCUUGUGAAUAAAUUUAAUGACAACUACUGUACGAGUAGACUGAUAGAAUUAAUGGAUCUUUAUCCACUUCUUAAAGCUUUCGUCGAUUCCAUACUUUUAGAAACGGAUGCUAAUUAUGAAACGGAUGAAUUUGAUGAUGAUUUUAGUUCAUCAGAAAAUGAUAUGUAUAGUGAAGAGGAUUUCGAAGGAGAAAAUCAUAAUCUAAAAGACUCAAGUAGUCAGGAACUUUGUGAUUGUGAAUAUACUUUCUGUAAACGGAGCUCUCGCCGCCAGCAUACAGGUUCACUGUAUUUUGAUGCUCAUAAGACACGUUCAUCUAGAAUUUCAUCACGUGGCAUCAAGCAACGCAAGAGAACCAGAUCAGUGAAAUUAUCUUCACUAAACAGUUGUCCCACUCGAAGAUCCAAACGAGUUAUAAGGGCUCCCCGCCGUCCCUACGAUGACUUUGAAAAGUCUCAAUACUAUCGUUAUGAAUUAGAUGAUGAGGCAAGAAUGUUGGUUGAUGGGGAGGAAAGGAAUUUCGGUUCCAGUGAUCGAUCUAAUGUGAUGGAAGGUUACAGUCGCUAUUCACUUAACAGUCAGUCAGAUGUGGACUCAGAAAACGCUGAGAAAUCUAUAGAUAUCGAGAAUAGUCGAUACAGCAAUCACAAUUAUUGUCGACCAUUAAAACGCGCCCAUCAACCUAUUUCAGGUACACGAUCACACUUGGAUAAUUUUAAUCGUAGUUGGUCUCCUGGCACGGAUGACGAUGAUUUUAGUUCCGAUCACGAAGAGAGCUAUCUCUGUGCUGCUUCUACACUACAAAUGAGCAAAAACAGGAUGACAUUGAGUCCGUCGCAUCCAUUUGACAAACGAUCUCAAACCAAAAAUGAGAAAUCAAAUCUUGGUAUCUCUGAUAGUUGGAAUUCUAUGAAGUGGUCAGUUGAGCGAAAAAUGGAUGAGUCAUCGAUUAAUAGUGUCAAGUUAGAAAAAAGUCAAAGGGAAUUAACUGGUGAAAUCCAAACCUACGAUGAGAAAGUGGACGAGCCUGUGUUAAAACGCAGUAAACAGUCGGCUGUAGAUGCGGCGCGAUUACUUCUGGGUAUCAGUCAAAUCCAAAAUCUCAGACAAAAAUCUGAAUGUUUGAAGCUGGACACCAGUGGAGCUAGUUCAACAAUAGAUUCCAGAGCAACAUCUAUCUCUAAUGCAAAUAGUACCAGCUCGGAAUCGACCAUACUAUUAAAAGAAGUAUCGGCUACUCUGAUUUAAACAUGUCUUCGCCUUUUCUUUUUCUGACAUUGUACAUAAACAAGCGUGUAUAUUAUUCAAGUUAAAUAACUCGCUGAUUUCAGGGUUACUUAUUCUAGUCUGAUUCGCUCAACGCGAGUAAUUCAACCCAUGACCUGAUUCGCAUUAUCCUGCAAUAUUAGUCUUGCUUCCAUUUUCUUAUGAUUUUUCUGUUGUUAUAAUAAGUAUGUUACUUUGUUUAUUUCAAACACUGCGCCUAUUGAUAGAGUUUUAAUUUCUUUUCGAAUCUUUCUGCAUCAGGUCCGUAGCUUAAAUUAUCACAAUGUUUUCGUCCUAUUCUUAUUUAUCAUGCAACAUAAUUUAUGACACCCGCAUUUGUAGUUUGUCUGAGUUUUCCAGUCAACAUAAAUCAGACUUAUGUGCAGUAUUAAAGAUGUAUUUCGAGACUUCUCCUAACAUUUACGUUUUGUUUGAACGAAAGUUCCUCUUACACCUUUAAAUUAGUGCAAUUUCUAAAUUCAGUUUGGUUAUUUUCAAAGUAUAUAGGGAAAGUUCUUUUUCUAACUAUAAGAAUCAUGAUGGACUGACUGUAUAUCCGACAGUAUUGCAUGCAGAUGAUACUUGUGUACCUUUCAUAGUUUCAAUUUCAUUUGACUUACAGUUCUUCCGGUUAUUUUUGGAAGUGCAUUUUGUUGAAAUAUUUGUUACUCAUCCAUUAUUACUGGUUUGUAACCUUUUUUCAUAUUUUAAAGAUCCUCCCACUGGAUCCUAUAGAUGUAACUCUUUAGUUAAUUACUUUGGUUAAUAAUUUUGAAUCAUGUGUCAAUAACUUAAUGUGCAGUAUUAUUUGUAUAGAAUUUAAGAGAAGUUAUCUAUUUCAGAAUCA